CUUAUCAGAGGCGAACUGAAAAUAUUCCACGGCGUUCAGUUUCGUAUAGUAAGCCAAUUAGUUUUGUGCAUACUCGUCGUUUCACACUCCACGAUGCCGAGAACACCGUUCACUUUCAGAGGACUCGUAGUUCCUGUAUUAACACCCUUUAAUAAUGACAGCAAAAGAACUCUAAACUUGUCACUUAUACCACAGUAUGCCGAAUAUUUAGCUAAAAAAAAAAUCACGGGGGUGCUUGUAAAUGGAACGACCGGGGAAGGUAUGUCUAUGUCCGUAACGGAAAGGAAAUUAAUUGUCGAGGCAUGGGCAAACGCUGUAAAAACAACAAAGCAACACUUGAUGGUUCAAGUAGGCGGUGCUCCUCUUCCGGACGUUCUUGAACUUGCGAAACACGCCGAAAGUAUCAAAGCGGAUUCUUUAUUGUGCUUACCAGAAUUAUACUUUAAACCAACAACGUCAGAUCAGCUGGCCGAAUAUUUAAAAUUAGUCGGCGCGGCAGCUCCAAAUACGCCACUUCUUUAUUAUCACAUCCCAAUGUUCACUAACGUUAAUGUGAAUAUGGGACAAUUUCUUGAAUCUCUCGGCAAAAGAAUUCCAAAUUUCGUUGGAAUAAAAUUCACAAGUCCCAACUUGGAAGAAGGUGCUCUAGCUCUACACGCUGAUAACAAGAAAUAUGUGAUUUUCCUUGGAAAUGAUCAGCUGAUAUGUGCUGCCACUGCCUUAGGGAUGGAUUCGGUUAUAGCAACAAGUAUAAAUAUGUUCCCAGAACUUACGCUUGAAAUUCUUGCAGAAGGAAAAGAAGGAAAUAGCUUGAGAGCAAGAGAAUUGCAGGAUAAAUUGUCGAGGGCUGUCCUCGCUAUAUCGAAACAUGGUAACUGGGUAGAAACUAUGAAAGUAGCAAUGACUUUACUAACAAAUAUCAAUGUUGGACCAACACGUGCACCCCUGAAAAUUCUAUCACGUGAAGUUACAGCAACAAUGGCAAAAGAGUUACAAACGUUAGGAUUCCAAGUAACAAUGUAAUUAAUUGAGGAAACAGAGAGGAAUCGAAAUCUUUUAUUUUCAAAUAAAGUCUUCUAAAAUACUCAAAAAUUUACA